AACGAAUAAAGGAAAAACUUAUGAAGAGACCAGUUACAGGAAAAGAUCUUAUGAUAGUCAAUAUGGGACCUCACCACCCAUCCAUGCAUGGUGUUCUUCGCCUAAUUGUUACUCUACAUGGCGAGGAUAGGAAUGGAAAAAUUGCCGAAAACCGCGCAAUUAUACAAUAUUUACCUUAUGUAACGCGAUGGGAUUAUUUAGCUACUAUGUUUACAGAAGAAAUAACAGUAAAUGGACCAGAACAAUUGGGAAAUAUUCAAGUCCCUAAAAGGGCCAGCUAUAUCAGAGUAAUUAUGCUGGAAUUGAGUCGUAUAGCUUCUCAUCUGUUAUGGCUUGGCCUUUUUAUGGCAGAUAUUGGGGCACAGACUCCCUUUUUCUAUAUUUUCAGAGAACGAGAAUUUGUAUAUGAUCUAUUCGAAGCUGCCACCGGUAUGAGAAUGAUGCAUAAUUUUUUUCGUAUUGGAGGAAUAGCGGCUGAUUUGCCUUAUGGUUGGAUAGAUAAAUGCUUGGAUUUUUGUGAUUAUUUUUUAACAGAGGUUGUUGAAUAUCAAAAACUGAUUACACGAAAUCCUAUUUUUUUAGAACGGGUUGAAGGCGUUGGGAUUAUUAGUGGGGAAGAAGCAAUAAAUUGGGGUUUAUCCGGACCAAUGCUACGGCAUCUGGAAUACCAUGGGAUCUUCGUAAAGUUGAUCCGAAAUGACAGAAUCCAUAAAAAUUAUUCAACAGGCUCUCGAAGGACUUCCGGGGGUCCCUAUGAGAAUUUAGAAAGCAGAGGCUUUGAUAGAAAAAGGAAUACAGAAUGGAAUGAUUUUGAAUAUCGAUUCAUUAGUAAAAAACCUUCUCUUACGUUUGAAUUAUCGAAACAAGAACUUUAUGUAAGAGUUGAAGCUCCAAAAGGGGAAUUGGGAAUUUUUCUGAUAGGAGAUCAAAGUGGUUUUCCUUGGAGAUGGAAAAUCCGACCGCCGGGUUUUAUUAAUUUGCAAAUUCUUCCUGAACUAGUUAAAAGAAUGAAACUGGCUGAUAUUAUGACGAUACUCGGUAGCAUAGAUAUAAUUAUGGGAGAGGUUGAUCGU